AUGUCUAGUAUUUCAUCUGAAAAUUCAAAAUCAUCUAGGAAGCUUAACGGCUCAGAGAACGUGAAGUACGUUGAAAACAAUGUUGUCGACAAUGAAGACAGUACUGUCUAUAAAUAUUUAGGGUUUAAGGGUCAGAAAUUACAUCACAUGAUUUCAUUUCUUGCUGGUAUGGGAUUCCUACUCUUUGGUUAUGAUCAGGGUGUAAUGGGUUCUUUGUUGACGUUGCCAGAAUUCAGAAAUACAUUUAAUGCUAUUAACACUACAAAAUACCCAAAUCGAGCUACUUUUCAAGGUUUUGUAAUUGCUGUUUAUGAAAUUGGUUGUUUAAUUGGAGCUCUUGCCACAAUGUACUGUGGUGACAAACUUGGAAGAAGAAAAACAAUUUUCGUUGGAUGUUGUAUAAUGAUUGUUGGUGCCGCAGUUCAAUGCUCCUCGUAUUCUGUUGGUCAGUUAAUUGCCGGUAGAAUUAUUACCGGUAUUGGUAAUGGGAUGAAUACCUCUACUGUUCCAAUGUGGCAAUCCGAAUGCGCCAAAGCAGAUAAGAGAGGUAAAUUAGUUAUGGUUCAAGGUGCAUUAAUCACUGGAGGUAUAUGUAUUUCUUAUUGGAUUGAUUUUGGAUUGUAUUUUGUUGGUACGAGCUCUGUAUCUUGGAGAUUUCCGAUAGCAUUCCAAAUAAUUUUUCCAUUAUGCAUAUUACCUUUCAUUAUGUAUCUUCCAGAAUCUCCUAGAUGGUUGUUGAAAGCAGGCAAUUUUAAAGAGGCCUCUAAAGCCUUCUCGGCUCUUAACGAUUUGCCAAUUAAUGAUCCAACAAUUGUUCAUGAGAUUAAUGAAAUUAAAGAAUCAUUAGAAAAAGAAAGACACGAUGGUGAAAAAAAGUCUAAGUUACUACUUUUAUUUGUUCAAGGUGAGACCAAAAAUUUCCACAGAACUUGUUUGGCCGUUUGGUCUCAAAUCAUGCAACAAAUUACAGGAAUUAAUUUAAUUACUUACUAUGCUGGUACUAUAUUUGAAGAUUAUAUUGGUUUAAGUCCUUUGAAUUCAAGAAUCUUAGCCGCAUGUAAUGGAACUGAGUAUUUCAUAGUUUCUUGGAUUGCUUUUUACACUAUUGAAAGAAUAGGUAGAAGGAAAUUGAUGUUAUUUGGUGCUGCUGGUCAAGCUAUGUCCAUGGCAGUGUUGACAGGAGCUACCUGGGCCGCUAGUCCUAAACAUAAUAAUAGUGGAGGCGCAGCUAUUGUUGCAGCUACGUUUUUAUUUGUUUUCAAUACUUUCUUUGCAAUUGGUUGGUUAGGUAUGACGUGGUUAUAUCCAGCUGAAAUUACCCCAUUGAAUAUUAGAGCACCUUCAAACGGGUUGAGUACUGCAGCAAAUUGGUCUUUCAAUUUUAUGGUCGUCAUGAUUACACCUAUUGCGUUUGAAAAUAUUGAUUCUUAUACUUAUACCAUUUUCGCAGUAAUCAACUUUUUAAUGAUUCCAGCUGUUUAUUUCUUCUAUCCAGAAACCUCUGGAAGGUCAUUAGAAGAAAUGGAUAAAAUUUUUGAAUUAUCUAACCCUUAUACUCCUUGGGAUGUUGUCAAAAUUGCUCAAGAUUUACCUUUUGAAAGUAAGAUUCGUGACGUCGAGGACUUCGAGAAACCGAGUGUUCUGCAUCUUGAGUAA